AUGGGUUGUAUAGAUGGAAAAUGGGCACCAUUGAUCAUGAUAAUUGUAAUUAACAUGAGUACGGGAAUGGUUAGCUCUUUGAUUAAGAAAGUUCUUGAUGAAGGCAUUAAUCAUAUGGUUAUUGCUACCUAUCGUUUGGGUAUUUCCACCUUCUUUCUUCUUCCAAUCGCUUACUUUUGGGAACGGAAAACAAGACCGAAGCUAACCAUAAGUAUUUCGUGUCAUCUUUUCAUCAGUGCCCUUUUCGGUAUGAGUUUGAUGCAAUAUUUUUACUUGCAUGGACUCUCCUACACUUCUGCGACAUUAGCUACUGCUUUCACGGCGAUAAUGCCUGCCCUCAUUUUCGCUAUGGCUUUAAUAUUUCGGUUUGAAAAGCUAAAUAUGAAAACAAAAGUAGGAUUCGGCGUUGUUCUUGGAACUCUGAUCAGCUUAGUAGGAGCUUUAGUUCUUACGAUGUACCAAGGCAUUCCAUUAACUCACUUUCAAGAACAAGCAACCAUUUCAAACAAUCACACAAAACAUGUACAUGAUCAGAAUUGGAUUAAAGGUUGUCUGCUUUUAUUAACAUCAGCUAUAUUUUUGAGUUCUUGGAUGCUUAUACAAGCCAAGAUCAACGUGACAUACCCUUGUCAAUACUCGAGUACUGUUAUUUUAUCGGUCUUUGGUACGCUUCAAUGCACGCUUCUUAGUUUGAUCAAAACUAGACAUUUGGAAGACUGGAUCCUCAAAGACAAACUCACCAUCGUCACCAUCAUUAUAGCGGGUGUGGUAGCACAAGGAAUGUGUACAGUGGGAAUAUCGUGGUGUAUCAAACAAAGAGGACCUGUCUUCACCGCAUCAUUUAGUCCUGUCAUACUUAUGUCUGCAACCUUGUUUGAUUUCUUGAUUUAUCAUCGUAUGAUUUAUUUGGGAAGCGUGAUCGGCUCUGUGGUGGUUGUGAUCGGUUUAUACAUCUUUUUAUGGAGCAAGAGCAAACAAAUGGUAGAUUGUGAGAUCGUGAAGUUACCUACGAAUAUGGUUGAAGAAAAAAAUGAAGAAGAAGACCGUACAAAUGUUAACAAAGACCGUCUUUUGGUUAUCCCUAUGACUCCUUGA